ACUGACCAAUACGGAUCGCGCUAACGCACGUGGUAUACGUGAGUGAACAUCAAUCUACCUUUACGACUACUGUGUGUAAUCUGAUAGAACUGACAUUUCGCGUCGAAUAUCUUCCUGAUGACGAUGAGACGCGCUCGCGAUCACUUUACUUACCUACAGCACUGACCAAAGGCAUCGCAAAUGAGUAGGACUCCCGACAACGAACCCGAAUCGUCCCUCCCCUCUCAUAUCUCGUCGACAUACCUUUCCUCGCCUCCACUACUGACCCAGCCACCAAAUACCACCGCAAUGGAUACUGCCCCGGCUGCCAAAUCGGAGCCGCCACCCAGUCAAGAGGCUCAGAAUGUACGACCACCUAUGACACGCAUGCAUUCAGACGAGACAGAGCGGCCACCCUCAGCCCAGCGCACAAAAGACGAGGUCGACGACGAAGCGGAUAACGCCGUUGAAAAACAGUCAGAAGAUGAAGAGAGUGACCCCGCCGAAAAGAUCGUCGAUUUUGACUGGGAAGACCUGGAGGCGCGGUACCACGACGCUAUGAAGACAUGCCACAAUGAAGAGGACCAACUAAUGCACGAGUGGGAAAACCUCAUGACUUACUUCCGCAUCUGGGCCUCAUCAGGGAACGAGCAUGAGACGGAGCGGACAUACGCGAGACUUCGCACACGCUCGACAUACGUUCAGCACGAGGAAGCGGAACUGGAGCAAAAGCGGAAUCAUUACAUCAAUGUUGUCAAAGCCUUCGAGAGUGCGCUCAACCUCCUUAAAGCCAGUGGCCUUGGUCGUUGAUGCUCAUCAACCUAGGCGCUAUCUACCUUGCUCAUCAUCCACCGCAAUCGGAAGUCUCACAGCGUCUCGCUGGCCCUGAUAGCUCGUCGCCAUCUCCGCGGCGAUUGAUGCGGUUGUCCAGCGUUCCAACAUGCACUUCAUCGAGGAUGCACUUAAUGCGCUGUUCCAUCAUGUAGGAUGCCAUCAGUACCGAAGUGGUCACGUUUGAGAAGGAUCAGUCGCAAUAAACGGUACCCGGUCCAUGUACAUCAGUUUAAAGA